AUGUCAAUUCUCACUAUCUCUUGUCGUUCGACCUAUCCAGGUGAGAUCACCCUCAAGGAGCUUCAAAUUAAGGAGAAUGUGUUGGAUGGUCUAGAGCUGCCCAUUAGGCCUGUGUUGGGUGUUGUGGAGUGUAUCUCCAUCACCAUUCCAUGGAUGAACAUUCGUACAGAGCCUGUGCAGAUUAGAAUCAAUGGCGUUCUGUUGUUGGUAGCGUCCACAGAUGAAGUCAAG